AGACACUAUAUCGCCAGUAUUCUCGCGCUGCUAGAGAUCAAGUCGCUAAGAUGGAUGUCCAACUCUACGUGUACGACCUCUCCAAGGGUCUUGCACGUAGCAUGUCGAUGCAGUUUCUAGGAACCCAGAUUGACGCCGUAUACCACACAUCUAUCGUUUUUGAAGGGAUAGAGUAUUACUUUGGGCAGGGUGUGCAGACCUGUCGUGCUGGGGCGACGCAUCAUGGAAGGCCCAUGGAAGUCGUCAAGCUUGGACAGACGGCGCUGCCCAUCGAGGUGAUACUGGAAUAUCUGGAGUCACUCAAGACGAUCUACACCCCCGAAUCCUACGACCUGUUCAUGCACAAUUGCAACAACUUCUCGAACGACUUCGCCAUGUUUCUAGUCGGCAAAGGCAUACCGAACCACAUUACCUCCUUGCCUGAGACGGUACUCAGUACACCAUUCGGGCAGAUGCUCAGGCCUCAGAUCGAUGCGGCGAUGCGACCGAUAACCCAGGCGCCUACUCCCCAACCCGUCGAUCCUCGACCGCAAGUCGCGAACUCGGGCAUGCAAAAUGGGACAUCAGGUGCUGGCGGUGCUCUAGCAGCGAGCACAGGGAAAGUCAACAACGUAACCUCCAUACGAGAUGUAGAUCGCCUGCUCGCCCUCGCAGAGGACCGUUGCGCUAUCAUCUUCUUCACAAGCUCUACUUGCGCGCCCUGCAAGCUCGUUUAUCAGCCGUAUGACGACCUCGCUGCGGAAGCAGGCACCAAGUGCGUCUUCAUCAAGAUCGACUUCAGCCAUGCCGAGCGCUCCAUCAACGCGCGCUAUCCGCAAGUUCGCGCAACGCCUUCCUUUAUCACAUACGUGCGUGGUCAGAAACGCGAUGAAUGGAGUGGAGCCGACCCCCGACAACUGCGCAGUAACGUAGAGAUGCUGCUCAACGCUACAUUCCCACCGCAUGCGCAUCUAUCGAUGAGCACUCCAACGUUGCUGCGACAGAGUCAGCGCCCUGUUGUUUUCGCAAAGGUCCCACCGCUCGAGAAGCUGGUAGCGAAGAUGGGAGACACCGGCAAGGAUCCCGCAGUAUCUUCCAUCGUAUCCUUCAUCUCAACUCGAGAACGUCAUGGAGCAAUCGAAGCCCCUCUCACCAAACUCCCCCAAUUCGCCUCUUUCCUCCGAACUAGCACAUCUACUCUCCCCCCCGAACUUCUCUUCACCGCGCUAGACCUCCUAAGAAUCACUCUCUCCGACGUCCGCGUAGCUGGAUUCUUCGCCGAAGAGCACAAAGGCGCAACAGGCACUCCAGCAACAAUCCACCACCUCCUCCACCACGUCAACGACCUGGGAGCGUCAGCACCAUACCCGCUCCGCCUCACAACACUGCAUCUGUGCUGCAAUCUCUUUACAUCUCCCCUCUUCGUCCCCCACCUCCUCUCUCCCCCGCUCUCCUCAACGCUAAUCUCCAUCCUCACUACCGCGCUCCUCGACGAUAAACACCCUGCACUUAAAGCUUCCGCACUGAGUCUGGCAAUGAAUAUCUCGUCCGCCAACCACCAGGUGCGCAUGAAGAAGUACAGCGCUAACCCCACGUCCUCGCUGCCCGACGAGUCGGAACUCGACGACGCGGAGCAAGUUGAGCUCCUUGCCUCUCUGUUAGAAACGCUGGGUGCCGAGGAGCAGUGGAGCGAGAAUAAGAACAUGGCGCUGAUUUGCACGGGCUGGCUGGCGUACGCAGCGGAUAUGGACGGCGAGUUGAGGGACUUGUGGAAGGUCAUGGAUGCUGCUGGGACGGUGGGGAACAGUGCUGCGAAGGCUGCGGAGGAUCGCAUGUUGGUUGGUGAGGUGAGGAGGUUGUUGGAGGUUUAGAUAGGGGGGUUUGGCUGGGAUGGUGCGGAUACCCUUGUAUAGAUGGUUAGACAUGAUUGAAUAGAUUUUGGCGUGUUGUAUGAGGUUUCUUGUGUCUUGUUUUGUCCAAUUACAGCGGAAGUGGGAGAGGGGAGAAGAGCAGAGAAGAAACUCUGCGCCUCCUAUGAUACAGUCGGUGGGUUAAAUUCAAUGCCAUUAAUGCAGACGUCU